AUGGCCACGGGAGGCAUUGCCAACGUCCUGUAUCAAGUUCCCUACCGGUUCAGGGGACUCUACGCAAUCGGCUGCAUCUUCUUCAUCUUCAACAUGGUGCUCUUCCUGUUCAACGUGGUGAUGAUGUCGUUGCGCUUCUAUUUCUACCCAGCAACCUUCAAGCAGUCGUUUUUGCAUCCUACCGAGAGCCUGUUCGUUCCCGCAAGCAUCAUCAGCAUCGGCACCAUCUUGCUGAAUGUCUCGCAAUAUGGAUUAUCGCAAGCAGCAGUGUCGCAGGAAUGGCUCUUGUCCACCAUGGAGGUACUGUUCUGGGUAUACUGCGGACUGGCGGUGUGCUUCAGCAGUGGUAUCUAUCUCAUCAUGUGGUCCACACAAACAUUCACCGUCGCGCAAAUGACUCCCGUCUGGAUUUUCCCAUGCUAUCCUCUUCUCGUCAUUGGGCCGCAUGCUGCCACCCUCGCCGACCACCUCUCGACCAUGGCUCGACCGGGAGCAGCUCUUGCUGUCAUCAUUGGCGGCUAUGUCUUCCAGGGUAUUGGCUUCCUGCUCAGUCUCAUGAUAUAUGCCGCUUUCAUUUAUCGCCUCAUGACACAAAAACUGCCCACAGAGAACCUGCGACCGGGAAUGUUCGUCAGCGUGGGUCCGAGCGGUUUCACCAUCAGCGGCAUCGUGAAUAUGGGAUACAUUCUACCGGACGUGGUCGACAAAGACUUUCUUCUCCCUGGCAACGGACAACUGGCAGGGCAGGUCAGCAAGAUCGCUUCGAUCUGGUUUGGCCUGUGGCUGUGGGGACUGGCAUUCUGGUUCUUCAUCGUAUCCGUCGGAGCACACUGGAACUGUGUCAAUGGCCAAAUGACAUUCGCCAUGAGCUUCUACUCCUACGUCUUUCCACAAACGGCCUUGACGACCGCCACGUUUGCAGUGGGCAAAGCGUUGAACAAUCGCGCCAUUCGAAUUGUGGGCUGUGCGAUGACCAUUUUGGUCAUGAUAUUAUGGCUUAUCGUCUUCGUCCUCAUGAUCAGAGCUGUCAUUAAGAAGGAUAUCCUCUGGCCACAGAAGCAAGAAGAUAAAGAUGAAGGCGGAUGGAAAAGAGCCAGUGCGGAUCCGCCGCCGGUGUGCGGUCCCAGACAAUGCUCUGUGUCCGGCACGCCCAGGCGACCACACCUUGACACCGUAGAGUCUCAAGCGGGGAUUCUACCGGCGUGA